AUGAUUCGAUCAGAGGCACGUUUCGACCACAAACGGAAGAGAACCGACCACAAGAAAACACAAUUUGCGACUGCGACAUAUAAAGAUCAUGACUAUCGCAAUAGAUUAUCCUUCUAUGAUAUUCCUCCCACUCAGGAAAUCAGUCUCGAGGAGUUCGAGACCUGGGCAAUCGACCGAUUGAGAAUUCUCGCAGAAAUUGAGUCAUGUUCGUUUCGGAACAAGUCACCUCAGGAAACUGCCGCCCAUCUCGAACCACUACUGAAGAAAUACCUCCCCCUCUCGUCUAAUUCAGCCGCCCCUGGCGGUAUGGUAGAUGAAAGACUCAGAAAUGAGCGGCGGAAAGACCACUACUCUCAUUACAUUCUGCGUUUGGCCUUCUCUGGCACCGAAGACCUGCGGCGACGAUUCUCCCGAGUCGAGACGAUGCUUUUCAAGCUGAGGUUUCAAGCAGAUGACGGUAAAGAGCGAAGAGCUUUUGUGGACAGUUUGAGCUUGGACUGGGAGCAGGUUCAAGAAGAUGAGAAGCGAGAACUCGGAGAUCAGUUGUUGUCUGCCACACCUGGCCUACGUCGACUUGAGGAUGAGAACUGGUUCAAGGUAGAUUGGACUCGAGUUCCGGAACUUGUCGAACAUCGAACCGUACUAGUGAAGAGGGGCAAAGCAUACGUUCCUCUACGUGAGCAAACCAGUAUGGUUAUGACUGAGUUUACAACCCGUCUAGAGAAAGGACUAGAACUCACAUCUCGAGCCCUUCCACGACUUGACGAAGACGAACGUCUGUCUCCCAUUCUCAAUCAUCUCUCGAAGAAUUUUGCCACUCCCGAUGCUGGAUUUUCAGAAUCAGACCCGUCGCUUGCCGGCGCACAAAUAAAUGCCGCCAAUAUCGAUCUUCUCUCCCAACAUUUCCCUCUGUGUAUGAAACAUCUCCACAACACGUUGCGGAAAAACAGUAAACUCUUGCACUUCGGAAGAUUACAAUACACUCUCUUCCUGAAAGGCAUAGGCUUGACAUUGGAAGAUUGUUUGAUCUUUUGGCGGCAAAGUUUUAAACUCAUCACAGACGAUCAGUUCAACAAGGAAUAUAGGUACAACGUCCGGCACGUGUAUGGCGAUGUUGGCGGCGAUGCCAAUCGACGUGGCAGAGGCUAUGCACCAUAUUCUUGCCAGAAGAUCUUGAUGGAACAUCCACCUGGAACGGGCGAAGCCCACGGAUGCCCCUAUCGACACUUCAGCGUGGACAACCUCACUAGCAUGUUGCAAGCAACGGGUGUGAACGACCGUGAUGUGUUGCGAGGAGUGAAGGAAGAUGUGGAGAAGAAGAGAUUCCACAUUGCCUGCAAUCGUGUCUUCGAAUGGGCACACAAGUCCGAAAUCAAGAAAGUCAAGGACGAAGGCAUCUGGGGCCCGGCAGAGCUGGAUACGAUCGUUCACCCGAACACUUAUUUCAAGCGGUCCUACCUACUCAAAAAUCUUGGAAUUCAACCAAAGCAAGAUGUUAGGAUGGAAGAAUGA